AGACACUUGAAUGCAACACACGUCAUGUGGUGAAAAGGGCUGGAUUUCCUCCACAACAUUGAAGAGAUCUCCCUUGAUAAUUUAAAAAUAUUUGGCAGUCUGUCCAUUAAUUACCCAAAGCUAGCUGACUAAAUAACAACAAGAUAAACUUUGAUACUAUUGUCAGUGAGUGACCCGCAGCAGCAGCGAGGGGGACCCCUACAGCGACCCUUUAACAGAGAGCUGUGAUCCAGAAAGCAGACAUUCAAUCAGCUCCGUUACAAGAAACCACACGUAUCUUUUCACAACAGAUUUUUAUGGAGGCUCUUUUGAACUGCACACCAGAAGACUUGGAGGAUUACUACGGGCUUUUGGGAUGUGAUGAAUUGUCGUCGACUGAACAGAUUCUCAACGAAUACAAGAUCCGAGCCUUGGCAUGUCACCCAGACAAACACCUAGACAACCCCAGAGCCGUGGCAGAUUUCCAGAAGUUGCAGGAAGCCAAAGAGGUUUUAUGCAAUGAAACCAAAAGAAAAAACUAUGACCUCUGGAAAAGAAGUGGAGUUGCUAUGCCAUUUCAUGACUGGCAAGCCUUGAAUGACUCUGUAAAAACGUCCAUGCACUGGGCUGUGAGAAAAAAGAAGGAACCGAUGUUGGAGGCCUCAAAAGCCGAAACCCCUGUCACUUCCCAAGCAGAGGACCUUCAUGCUGAGCAAGAAGCACCAAAGACCCCUGCAUAUGAUGCCAUGCCAUCCUCAAGUCACACAGGACAGGCACAUGAUACUCAGAAGAGCACUAAGGCGACUAGAGGAAAAACAUGUCCCUCUGCUGUGAAAUUAGAGCCAUUGAAUAUUAAAAAAAAAGGUGAUUACUGCCAUCGUCGUUUCCGUUGGGCUGCUGACUCACCAUCUACUCUGCUGCAGAGGUUUAGAAAUUAUGAAAUAUAAAUAUAUCAACAGUUUAAUUUUCUUACAUGUAUGUUUAUUGUGCCUUGUUGUUGUCCUACUUCAGGUGGGGACCCUGUAAACUGUGGUGUCAAUUCUUGUGAAUAUGGUCUGGCAGUAACUUCUGUAAACUUCUGUUGCAUAAACUGGAAAAUCGAAGCUCUGAAUAUUUGUGUUGCAAAUGUGAAAUACUUUGUAAAAACAUAAAUCAGACACAUUAGAUCAUGUGAAUCAUUUAUUUGGUUAUUAGACUUGCUCAUUUGUUAAUUGUGUUCACCACCACACAAUGGAGAUAUGCUCAUGCCUUUAAUUCUGUAAUGUGCAUUUUUGUGUUGCUGUCAAGUUCAUAAUGUUGGAAACAUAAAACUGAGCCAUCUAUUAUUUAAUGCCUUCAGCUUCAAUGUAUUUUAAUUGGAACUAGGACAUUCACUAUUGUGCAUUUGCAUGGCAUCAUUACACCUAGUUUUUAGGUUUAAAUUACUUAAGGUGAAGCAGGAUGGGAUUUUAUCAGAAAUCAUUCAGAACAUCUAGUCAAAAGAGAUGUGCAGAAUUUGAUUUUGCUGAUGUUUGUGGAAACAAAGGAAUUCCCUCAUUGUAACUUGAGGUAUUUCAGGAAUGCGCAUUAUUUGACUACUACCACUGUAUUGAUAUUAUAACUGUAAAGUUUUUUUCAAAAUAUAUAAAUAGAGGAAAUGUUUGAACAUCUCAA